AUGAAAACGCAUAAUGGCGAUAAAGCAAAUAACUGUGGUGUAUGUGGUAAAGGGUUUAGUCAGCUGGGUACUUUAAAGAUUCACAUGAGAAUACAUACAGGUGACAAACCAUAUAAAUGUGAUGUAUGUGGUAAAAGAUUUAGUUACCUUGGACAUUUACAAAGACACACAAAAACACAUAAUGGCGAUAAACCUCAUGAAUGUGAUGUAUGUGGUAAAGGCUUUAGUCAGUCGGGUAGUUUAAAGAUUCACAUGAGAAUACACACAGGUGAUAAACCUCAUCAUUGUGAUGUGUGUGGUAAAAGCUUUAGUCAGUUUGAUAAUUUACAGUUUCAUAUGAGAAUACACUCGGGUGAUAAACCUCAUGACUGUGAUGUAUGUGGGUUUAGUCAGCUUGGAAAUUUACAGAGACACAUGAGAACACAUACAGGCGAUAUACCUCAUAACUGUGAUUUAUGUGGUAAAGGAUUUAGUAAUCUUAGUAAUUUACAGAGUCACAUGAGAACACAUUCAGGUGAUAAACCUCAUGACUGUGAUUUAUGUGGGAAAGGGUUUAGUCGUUUUAGUAGUUUACAUAGACACAUGAGAACACAUACAGGUGAUAAACCUCAUGACUGUGGUGUAUGUGGUAAAGGGUUUAGUCAUCUUAGUAAUUUACAGAGACACAUGAGAAUACAUACAGGUGAUAAACCUUAUGGCUGUGAUGUAUGUGUUAAAGGGUUUAGUCAGCUUGGAAAUUUACAGAGACACAUGAGAACACAUACAGGCGAUAUACCUCAUAACUGUGAUUUAUGUGGUAAAAGGUUUAGUCGUCUUGGUAGUUUACAGAGACACAUGAGAACACAUACAGGUGAUAAACCUCAUGACUGUGGUGUAUGUGGUAAAAAGUUUAGUCAUCUUCAUUAUUUACAGACAAAUGACAGAUACAUACACAUGAGAACACACACAGGUGAUAAACCUCAUGAAUGUGGUGUAUGUGGUAAAGGCUUUAGUCAGUCGGGUGGUUUAAAGAUUCACAUGAGAAUACAUACAGGGGAUAAACCUCAUGAUUGUGAUGUGUUUGGUAAAAGCUUUAGUCAGUUUGAUAAUUAA